ACUAAAGCUGCUGGCUGGAUGGAUGCAGGGAUUUUCUGGCUGAAUUCUAUGAAAGAAAGCAGAUAACGUGAUAUUAAACGAGGGACAAUCAUGGCUGUAGCAGUGAACGACGUCAAUUAAAGGCAACAGCAUUGGAAUUGUUUGAUAUUUUCACGUUGCCGUUGGUAAAAAUCGUCUUUUUUCCUGGUCGGACGGCUGUACUCAGAUUGCUAUAGUGGUCAGUAAGCUAGCUGUCAGUGGUAGCGCAUUAGCCAGCCACGUUAGCAUCAAUAGAUUUCAUGAUGGCAGACAGUAUCAUGAGCAAAGCUGCUACCAUGGAGAUCCCCAUUAACAGCAAUGGAGACACAGGGACCCUGGCAGAGGAUGACAGCCUGGAGCAGGAUUUACAGCAGGUGAUGGUUUCUGGACCCAACCUGAAUGAAACCAGCAUCGUCUCAGGAGGUUACGGUGGACCUGCAGGGGGCAUUAUCCCAACCAGCACCAUUAAAGGGCCUGCGGUUCGCUUCAAUCCUGAGUAUUUGGACAGAAGACGAGCCCCGGGACAAGACAUCCGCAUGAAAUCCAGAGGUGUUAGCUUGCCUAGCAGCCAGUCUGCGGCCAGCCGAAUUGCCCAACACGCAGACGAACAUCCAGGAUCCUCCAACCAUAACGCCAGUAACUCAACUGAGGAAGUUUCUCGUGGCGUGGCGGUGGAAAAACUGGACAGUGUAAAGAAAUGGGGCAUAAACACAUACAAGUGUACCAAGCAGAUGUUCUCGGAGCGCUUUGGCAGAGGCUCACGAACUGUAGACCUUGAACUGGAGGCUCAGAUUGAUGUGUUGAGAGAGACCAAGUACAAGUAUGAAAACAUCCUAAGACUAGCUACUGCACUCACCAGUCACUUUCAAAGCAUGGUGCAGACACAGCAGGCAUUAGGAGACACCUUCACUGACCUCAGCCAGAAGUCCCCAGAGUUACAGGACGAGUUUGGGUACAAUGCAGAAACACAAAAACUGUUAUGCAAGAACGGCGAAGCUCUGCUCGGUGCCAUCAACUUUUUCGUGUCCAGCGUCAACACCCUGGUCUACAAAACAAUGGAGGAUACUUUGAUGACCAUUAAGCUGUAUGAAAAUGCAAGACUAGAAUUCGAUGCCUACCGUUCUGACCUGGAAGAGCUGAGUUUGGGCCCGAGGGAUGCCGCUGCCAUGGUACGCAUCGAGAUGGCCCAGCACGAGUACCAAGUCUACAGAGAUAAAUACGAACGGCUGCGUAGCGACGUCACCAUUAAACUGAAGUUCCUGGAGGAAAAUAAGGUGAAGGUGAUGCACAAGCAGCUGCUUCUCUUCCAUAAUGCUAUCUCCGCUUACUUUGCUGGCAACCAGCAGCAGUUGGAACAAACUCUUAUACAGUUCAAUGUAAAGUUAAAGCCUCCAGGAUCAGACAAACCAUCCUGGCUGGAAGAGCAGUAAGAACGCUCAGGGUUGAGCUGUUUUUAAGAUGGUCAGUGAAGAACUCCACGGUUAAAUGGGAAAGAAUUAAAUGAACAAGGGAGUAUACAGUAGGAACAAUAGAGACCAGUGACUAAGAGAAACAUGAGGGGUCAUUUUUGUAAUGUUUUUCAGUAUCAUAUGACAUAGAGCGUACAACUAUUUCAGUUGUAUUUUUGAUUUUUUUUGCCACAAAAUAGCUACUUGUUACUUUCUUAUUCUUUAGGCAGCACAAUCACUACAUGUAUAUCACUUCUUAUUUAUGUACAGAAUAGUCUACUGUUGUGAAUAUAUCCCUUGGCAGUUUUGCACAUCCAUUGUUUUGUUGUUUUGAAUGUUGUCUGAAACAUCUUCUUUAAUAUUUCCAGUGUAUCACAUUAAAGGAAUCCACAAAGCUGGAGUGGCAAAGUAGUGGCAUAAUGUUAAAAAGGUAACAAAUAUCUUCCAAAACCUAUUUUUCCUAAGUAUGUAUAAUUGAAUUGACAUGUUGUUGGGAAUAAGACGCAUCGUAAUCUUUCAUUUUUAAAGUUAUCUCACUAUGUUUGUGAGCUCGCUUUGUGGAACACCUGCCUGAAUGGACAGUUUACUGUUUACAUGCACAGAAAGCAAAAUGUAUAGAGAUUAUAGUGAAUUUCUUUUAGCUCUGAUACAAUCCAUGAUUAAUCUGACCUCCUGAAAUGUGUUUAACGUCCCAAGACAAAAAUGAUGAUUUUAAUGAAUCCAGCAAACCAACAGCAAUGAUUUUGUUUUUAUUAUUUUUAUCCUUAUUGUCCUUUUAGAGACAAUAAAAUACAAGUAUCCUUAUUUAGCAGCAUUAAACCAUCCCACCAUCUGAUCAGAUAAUAAAUGCAGCCACUUUUCCAAAAGGAGGCGCCAAUGUGCAACAAAAAAAGCUGCUUCCAUGAACAGCAGUGAGUUGCAAAUAUUAAAACAGGAAUAUUGAAUGGGUAUAUUGGUUACAUGUUUUACCACAUGUCCUCCAAAUUGCAAUACAGUUUUCAGCAUUACAGAAUGUAAGUACAUUUUUCUUAUUUGUGUUGUUUACCAAUAUGUAACACAGCUUUUGUUUUUGUAAUCUUUAUUUUAAAUUGUAGUCAGCUGGUUGUUUGUCUUGUUCUGCAUUUCCAAUAAAGUCUGCUGGAUGUUU